AUGGAUAAAAAGAGCAGCCGAAUGUGGAACUUUUUCACACCCGUUAAUGAUGGAAAGGCGAAAUGCGAUAUAUAUACAACAACAGUAGUUCAAGAGGAUCCUGUACCAUUAACGUCAUCAGAUACAACAACAGUAGUUCAGGAAGAUCCUGCACCACCAACGUCAUCAGAUAUUCAAAUAGGUAAUACACCAACAAAUGAAACAAGAUCAAAGCAAACUAAGUUAAGUGCCUUUAUUGAGCGUCCCCCCUUUUCUGUAGUCGAAGACACGGGCUUUAAAGAUCUGCUCACUUACUUAGAACCAGGCUAUAAAAUACCUUCAAGGUACAUAUUAAGCAAUACUUUGCUGGAUGCACAUUAUUCAGACGCUCAGAAACGUUUAAAGGAAGAAUUGCAAAGUGUAAAACAUAUCUCGAUUACAACCGAGGGUUGGACUUCAAGAGCCACAACUUCUUACCAAGCCGUUACGGCCCAUUAUUUAUUAAAUUGGGAACUAAAAUCAGCUUUAUUAGGAUGUUUUGAGUGCCAUGAGCGACAUACGGCUGAAUACAUAAAAAAUGAGUUGUGUAAUUUAUUGUCCUAUUGGGAAAUACAAAGUAAAAUAUUUGUCUGCGUUACAGACAAUGCAGCUAAUAUGAAAGCGGCUAUACGGUUAGGGAAAAUCGAACAUUUGCCGUAUGUCGCUCAUACACUCAAUUUGGUUGUGCGUGCGGGACUACAAGAUUCCGAAAUCGAGAGACUGAUUAAAAAAAUUAAAGCAAUUGUGGAGCAUUUUCACAGAAGUCCAGUGGCUACCAAAAAACUGAUUACAAUACAGGAGCAAAUGAGACCUAACCAAACGCUAUUGAAAUUGAAAAUGGACGUGGUCACCAGGUGGAAUAGCACCUUGGACAUGAUUGAGCGGAUCUGUUUACUUCAGGAGCCUUUAGAAGCGGCUCUUGGAAUCCUCCACAACCCGGUAGAAAACCUCUCGGAAAGUGAAUGGAAAUCACUUCCAGACAUUAUAAAAGUUUUGAAGCCAUUUAAGCAACUCACUGAAGAAAUUUCUUCGGAAAACAAAGUAAUAGUAUCAAUAGUUUUAGCUGCUACUGAAGAAAUUGCAAAGAAGCUAUUAAGCAAAGUAAUAAUGGAGUUCAAAAUGAGAUUCAAAAAUUGUCAUAGACAUCCACUACUAUCCAAAGCAGCGUUGUUAGAUCCGCGCUUCAAGAAGCUAGCAUUUACAUUUGAUUUAUCAAGUUAUGAGUCUGCUAAAGAUGCUCUAAAAACUGAGCUUGAAUGUAAUUUUAAUUUUCAUAAAGAGCAGUCAGGGAACAUAAACAAACCCACCUCUGCAAUAGACACCGAUGGCCUUAGUGCUGUUGAAGGUUCAAUUUGGAAAGAUUUUGACGCUAUAGCAGAGUCGAACUCUGUUUCGAACUCCACGGUUACAAAUAUUACAAACAAAAUUAAUAUAGAGUUCCAAUCCGAAAACCGAGAGUUCAUGCGCUAA